UGCGCUGAUGCUUAACUCUUAAGUCGAUGCAUCCUUUCCAUUCUUCAUGAUUGUCAUGCAUGGUUUGUUUUUCUGGCGUUUUGUCGUAUUCUUGUGAUUUCAUGGAUGCCAGAUGUAGCUGAAUCCUACAGGAGGAACUGUGUUCCGGACGUGUUGCGGACUCUUUGUGCUUUGUGCGGAAUCCGGUGUGAUCUAUUCGGGCAUGUCAGGAUCACACGGAUAUUUACGUAGAUAAAUAAGAGCACUAGCCAGCUGGAGACGUGUCAAUUCAUCUCAAUUUGAUUAAAAAAAAAAAAAAAAUUGCUGGUAUGGCUGAAAAGCCUUUAGAGCCAGGGUCGGUCUCCAUCCCUAUGGACCAAGUGACCAAUCGGACAGGAGGAGCCCCUCCAGAUGCACCCAUUUUGACCCACCUGAAGAAAGUGGAGAACCAUAUCACAGAGGCACAGAGGUUCUCACACCUGCCCCGGCGCUCGGCCGUAAACCUGGAGUUUACUGAGCUUUCCUACACUAUUCAUGAGGGCCCCUGCUGGAGGAGAAGAGGUUGUAAGGCGCUCCUGAAGUGCUUGUCUGGCAAGUUUUGCAGCCGAGAGCUCACUGGAAUUAUGGGGCCGUCUGGGGCUGGAAAGUCCACCCUGAUGAAUAUUCUUGCUGGGUACAGAGAGACUGGUAUGGAGGGUCAGAUAAUGGUAAACGGGCGACCGCGUGACCUCCGCACCUUCAGGAAGAUGUCCUGUUACAUUAUGCAGGAUGACAUGCUGCUGCCCCACCUCACCACACGUGAGGCCAUGAUGGUUUCAGCUAAUCUUAAGCUAAAUGAGAACAUGGAAGUAAAGAAGGAACUGGUGAAUGAGAUCCUCACUGCUCUAGGCCUGCAAGAGUGCGCGCACACUCGUACACACACUCUGUCCGGAGGUCAACGUAAACGAUUGGCUAUUGCACUGGAGCUAGUCAACAACCCCCCUGUCAUGUUCUUUGAUGAGCCAACCAGUGGUCUAGACAGUUCAUCCUGUUACCAGGUGGUUUCUCUAAUGAAGUCUCUUGCUCUGGGUGGACGAACCAUCAUCUGCACUAUCCACCAGCCCAGUGCUAAACUCUUUGAGAUGUUUGACAAGCUGUAUAUUUUGAGUCAGGGGCAGUGCAUAUAUAAAGGCACAGUCCCAUACCUCAUCCCCUAUCUGAAGAACCUCGGACUCCACUGCCCUACUUACCACAAUCCUGCAGACUUCAUAAUUGAGGUGGCAUCAGGAGAGUAUGGUGAUUUGAAUCCUGUGCUUUUCGAGGCAGUGCAGGGUGGCAUGUGUUCAGACGGUGUCAAGAAGAACUCCAGUGACAAGAAUGAUCCUACAUCGUCCUGCCCAACUCAGUGUAACAGCGAUUCAGGACACAUCGAAAAACAUACUUUUGCCACCAGCACGCUCACACAGUUCUGCAUUCUUUUCAAAAGAACUUUUAUCACUAUAUGUAGAGACAUGGUGCUGACCCACCUGAGGGUGAUGUCACAUUUGUCUAUUGGAGUACUGAUCGGCCUGCUGUACCUAAACAUUGGCAAUGAUGCCAGCAAAGUGUUCAACAACACUGGAUUCCUCUUCUUCUCCAUGCUCUUCCUUAUGUUUGCUGCAUUAAUGCCAACUGUCCUCACAUUUCCUCUGGAGAUGUCAGUGUUUAUAAGGGAGCAUCUGAACUACUGGUACAGUUUAAAGGCCUACUACCUAGCCAAGACCGUGGCUGAUAUCCCAUUUCAGGUCCUAUGUCCCAUAAUGUACUGUAGUAUAGUGUACUGGAUGACAGAGCAGCCUCCAGAAGUUAGCCGAUAUGUGCUUUUCAUGGCCUUAUGCACCUCCACUGCCCUGGUGGCUCAGUCUCUGGGCCUACUCAUUGGAGCUGCUUCCACCUCGCUGCAGGUGGCUACAUUCGUAGGGCCAGUGACAGCCAUUCCAGUCUUGCUUUUCUCUGGCUUCUUUGUCAACUUUGACACCAUCCCAAAAUACCUACAGUGGAGCUCCUAUGUUUCUUAUGUCAGGUAUGGCUUUGAGGGUGUGAUCCUAUCCAUUUAUGGUAUGAAUCGAACAGAUUUGGAAUGCCCUGGCCUUGUCUGUAAGUUCCAGAAGCCUGAGGAAGUGUUGCAGCUGUUGGAUGUAGAAGACGCAAAACUCUAUGUGGACUUCAUAGUGUUAGGAAUUUUCUUCCUCGUUCUUCGGUUAGCCACUUAUCUAGUGCUGCGUUACAAAGUCAAGUCCGAACGUUAGGGCUUGACAUCAGAUACUUCACUUAUUUUCAUUUAUAAAAUAGUUUAUGUUGUGGAAGUAAACCUGUGCAAUGUCUUCAUUCACUCAAACUAAAAAUAUUUUCUUUAUGAUUUUUUUCUUGGUUCGUUUUUUUUUUUAUUAGAUAAUCAGGAGUGACAGCACAGGAUCAAUAGUGACAACAGAAUUUUUUUAUGCUUAUUUAAGUUAAUAAUUUUUCUAGUCAUGAAUUAGAUGCAGUCCUUGUAUUAGAUUCAGUAUAAAAUGAUGACCAAACUCAUUAUAAAUAAAAAGCAUGAAGGCUGGUGAAUGAAGUUGAAGCUAAAAAGCAGCAUUUCUCCCAACUGACAAUCUCACACUUGUCCUUAUAUUGUGGACUCUCAUAAUAUGAACAGGAUAUGAAUACAGUAUAUGAGCAAGUGCUUGUCACACAGCCAAAAAAAUAAAACCCUCAACCACUAUUCUACUCAAUAUUCUUCUUUUGGCUCAGUUUUUAGAUUGUACUUUUGGAGCAAUUGAGAACUUUCUGAAACUGAUUUCUUAUUACAAACACAAACAGAGUUGUUCUGUGCUGAGACCUAAUCAGCAUACUGAUGAUCCCAUCUUUGUUCUUCCUUGGACACAUAAAGAAUUAUCUCACCUUUAUCUACUGAAGUACAUCAAAUAAAACAAGGGACUCUACAAGAUUUAUGUUAGGUACAUCUGUCAACCAUAGAUCUAAGGAUCAAAGAAUGAGAAGUAGGUUAAACUCCAAUCAAAAGCAAGUUGUGUUUGUCAUGUGAACCUGUCACAUUUUUUGAUUUCUGAUCUUUUACUUCAUUAUGGACUUUAUUUUAAGAUUUUCUUUUUUCCCUUUAUGUUCAUUUGGAUGGAUUACUGGACACUGUGUAUGAUUUUGUUAUAGUAUAAAUACGGAAACAUAUGAUUCGCUGCCUACACUGAACAUGAUGCUAAAGAAAUGAAUGUUGUGAAUGGGAAAUUUGGAAUACAGUGUAAAGAAAUUUACUUUAAUUUAGGAAAAAGGAAACAAGAAUUUCAGCAGAAUCAUCUUGACCUCUUAGGAGUGUCUAAUGGUAGCCUUCUUCUCUGUGGAUAGACGAAAUGGAGGCAUAAGCAGUGCAUUCAUAACCUAUCCUUUAUUGUAAAUGUGUGUCCUGCUGGAGUUGGGACUCGUGAAUCAUCUCUUGGGGUCAUAUAUACUACUGAGUAUCAUUUCUGCCAUCAGCUCUACUGUCAGCUGACCAGACUCUGUGUGAUCAUAAUGCUGGUUGGACAGUCUGCGCUGCCUUAUGGCUUAUUGUAUACUGCUUGAUGGACUUUACUGCCUAUUUAUGAGCACCUCCCUGUACACUUAAGUGUAUCUGCUUACUUAAUUCAGCCUUUUCAAUACUGCAAUGCAAUGCAAACGUCUGGACGAUGGACACGAUGUGGCUCUGAUUUAUGCUAUGUGUUAUGUCUGCUAAUAUAUGGAAUUAUAAUAAUCUGAAUAUAUAUACACGACAAAUGUAGAUGUGCAAUGCUGAUCUUUUUAUUUGAGAUUAAUUUGUAUUUAGUUUUAUUUUUAUAUGACUAUGAUGUGCAGUGCUAGAGACCGGAUGUGUAAAUGUAACGCGCAUGGUGACUUCGGAAUCAAAUACAUAUAGGAAUUCAUGUUACUUAUGAAUUAUUUCCACACUUAUACACCUUAUACUUUUUUUUUACUAUGUAGUUUUUUUUGUUAUUUUAGCCAUAUUCAAAUCAGAGUAUCCUUUCAAUUUCAUAAGUAAAUUGGAUAUACUAAAGCAAGUUGUAUAAAAAAAAUCAAUAGGAGAGAAACAGUAAUGAGACCGCAUCACUAUUACUGCACUGAGUUCUGUUGAACUGACAUAUAUUACUUACUGUAAAGUGGUAAUUGCUCUUGUCCUAGUACAAUCUCUACAAUGCUGCUGCCUCAAACACAGCUUUAAGGAUAGAGGGCCAUUGUGCAAUAAGGGGGACACUUCCAUUAAUGUAUCCUGAUGGAUUUAAAGUUGUAGUGCAAAUGCACAAUUAGGUUUUUUGUCAUAUAGUGUUGAUUGAAUGCGGACAGGUCUGAAUUAAAACGAUGCUUUAGAAAUGGGAUCGCUCCCUAAACAGAUAUAAUAGCAACCUUGUAUCUGUAAAAUCAGUACUUAUUAUUGUACAGGGUCCAGUCAACUAACUGCUUACUCUGUUCCCUGUUCUUUAGUGUUAAUGUGCAGGGCUGAAGAGACAGAAGUGGCCCCUGAUUGGAAACGUAGUAAGAGAUUAAAGAAUAUGAUGUUAAAUGUCUCUGUAGAAUAGAGAAUAGCAAUAGUAUUGUUCUGUGCCUAGUGCGUGUAAUAUCUUCUACUACAAUAUAUCAUGAUAUUUCUGGGUGAUUGUCUGCCAUUUCUAUAUUAACAUUGUAUUUCAAGUUCCGAAAUCUCAUUCACAUAUGUCUUAAAACAGGUUCAUAUCAAGAGAUGCCUUCAUGGCAAAUCAUCUCAUACGUCUAGACACAUACAUUGUUAAUAUUCAAUCAUUAUACAACAUAUAUCCCUGUUCUUCACUACCACAUCAGAUCAGUCGCCUUUAAUUUUUAUUUUAUUUUAUUUUAUUUUUUUGCAGAAGCAGUGUGCAUGCCAUGAAAACAGUAUACAGUGUCUUUAAAAAAUCUCUUCAGUCAGAAAAAGAUAUGCUGCUGACAACUGCAAUAUUAAAAAAAAAAAAAAAAAAAGAACUGUAUUUUGAUUUUGUAGGUGAGAGCCAUUCUGGUUUGGGAUGGCUUGCACAGCUGAUUGUGAAAACAGCAUGCACAGAAAAGAAAAGAGGAUUUCUCACAUUUGUUUCUCAGUCUUCUAUCUUUGUUUUUUCUGUUAUUGUUUGUCUCAUCAGAAAUGCAAGUUAUACAGUAUAUACUGGACUCUCUUCAAAUUAUUAUAAUAAAUUCAUUUAU